ACAGCAGCUGCCAGCUGCUGCUCAAGUUCAACUUGUUUACACUUUACAGUGUUAUGUGUUAUACCGUUAAAUUAAGACGAAAUGACGAAUGAUGAUAAGCGUAAGAAACACUAUACUGCUGCUGCUAUGAGCCUAUGAAAUAGUCGUUUGUCUGCAAUUCAACAACUAGCAACUACCUAAUAAAAGUAAUAAAUAAUAUCGUGCGCAUCGCAUACUUUAUAUACUUGUAAUUCUCAUAUUCUCACAGUUCGUCUUCAAUAGUUCAAUAUUAAACUUGGCUUGGGUGGACACUGCACAGUGGAUACGUACGUACGUAAACAGUGAACCGAAUACUACAUAAACGUAGACAGUAGACACUUAUUCAUCUGGUACGCUCAGCUUCGGCUGUAGCUGUAGCUGUACAUAGGUAGAUAUAGGUUCGUAUUUUCAACAUUUACGUUGGGCGCGACGACGGUCGUGGGUUGUUAUGGAUCUUGCGGAUGGUAUUGUGUUUGGUAUAGUUGUGAAAUGCAGUGGCUUUUCGGAUACGGAUCGUUGAUAUGGAAAGUUGAUUUCCCUUACAAGCAGAAACAUGUUGGCUACAUCGAGGGCUUCGAGCGGCGUUUUUAUCAGUACAGCACAGAUCAUCGCGGAACUGAGCAAAAUCCAGGAAGAGUUGUUACGUUACUGAAAUCGGACGACCCACAGCAACGAGUUUGGGGAGUGGCGUACGAAAUCGACGACAGCGAGAACGGCGCAGUUUGGAGUCGACUAGAUUUUCGAGAGAAAAACGGCUACAAGAGGAAAGUGUGCACGUUUCAUCCGAAAGACGAAACGGUACGACCUUUCGACGUGACCGUGUACAUCGGCGAUCCGGAUAACCAGUGGUACGCCGGCGAAGCGCCCGUCGUCGAAAUCGCCCGCAACAUAAUAUCCGGCAAGGGCAAGUCCGGCUUUAAUCUGGAUUACCUUCGCCAGCUGGCGCAGUGGAUGAGGAGAGUUGUUCCCGAAGCCAGCGAUCCGCACCUCUUUGAAUUGGAAAAAAACGCCUCGCGCCUGCUGCUGCUGUCGUCGGCAGCCGAUGAAAUGAAAAAUCAAAAACCACCGCCACCACAACCAUCGGCAUCGGCAUCGGCAUCGCCGACCCCACCGCCACCGCAGCCAUCGUCUUCGCAUUUCACGUAGCUACAACGACGAGCUAGCGCUCGCCUCUCGCCGGCCGCCUGCGGAAUACCGAUACUUGGUCGAUUCGUCUUCAGUACUCGUAAUAAUUAGCUCGUACACGUGUCUUUGUCGCUGUAUUUUUCGUUUUCCGCAUCCGUCAUUAACGAGCACCCUUACCGAGUCGGAGGCCAGUGGCUGCUGCUCGCGACAGCCAAAUAAAUGAAUGGCGUACGUUUCCGUUUUCUUGGAAUGUUGGUAAUCGUCGUGUAAGCUGAUAAGUUCAUAAUUAUGACAUAUUUGCGAACCUACACCGCCGCAUCCGCAACCAAUUUCAUUUACGUAAAAUGCUUAGCAAAAAAAAUAAAAAAAUAAAAAUGAAAACACAGUUGUUGGGUGGGUGGUUACAACGACCAACUGACAUUAUUCCAGUACCGUGUCUACGUACGACUUAUACAUUUGCAGAAUUUCAACUAGCAAGUUUCGUCUGUACGCGGCGCGACAGAACCAUUGCGGCUAUUGAAAAUUUAAGCGUUAUACCGUAUGCAUCGACUUACGCCGCCGCGCCGUGCCAGAAGACGUAUUUUUCCCUUCCCAACAAGUAAGUAAGUACGUACAUGAAAGCAAAUUUCACCAGUUACACGUACCUAGGUACUUAUACAUAUAAAAUGGAGUACGUAGACAAACUAGGUAAUAUGGCGUUCAAAAAUGAAAUAUCCGUCGAUCGAUUCCGUUUUAUUCGUACCUAGGUGUAGUGGUCACCAACCGAAAUAAUUUUUAGGGGACUCGUUACUCGUUACUGCUUGUGUUUUCAACUGCCGAUCUGGACCUACUUACGGCAACGCACUGCACUCGAAUAGGCUGCUACUGUUUUCUGUUCUUCGCUCGAUUUGUCUACUCGAUAUUCGAUACCAUCGAGUUUUAGCUAAUCUCAUUUCACGAAUACCUACUACCUAGUACUUGGUACACCUAUCCGUCAAGUAAAUACCUACGUACUAUAACGAUGAAAAUGAAGACACGCUCGGCUACGCAAAUUACGAGAAUUUAAUUUACAACGAUAACAACAGCAAAAACAAAACAAAAAAAGGCACAGUUGGAUAGAAAUUAAAACUAGAUAAAUUUACACAAAAUUCUAUCCUAUCUAUAUAGUAUCGACUAUCAAUCUAAAAAACAGAGAGACCGAGAGAAGGAAAAAAAACACUAAAAAAUCUACCACAGAAUCGCUUUCUUCUAUAUUUUCUGUACAAAAUUGCCGUAAUGACGCGUGCGGAGCGUGGAUUUGAAGAGGUACUCUCUCUCUCUCUAACAUACGAGUAGGUAAUCUGCAUUAUUUUCAUAUCAAAUCUUCGGCUGAAAAUGGUUUUCUACACAUCGGACACGUACCCUGCGUAACAAUGAAAAUGGUACCGUCGUAGUAAUUGUUUUAUAAAAAAAGCCGGCUAAGCUAACAUGUACGGUGUACGUGUACGUAAUGGGCGAAUCAUCGGUACAAACGUUUACGUACGGUAAUUUUUCCAAAAACUGAGCUAGCGCUUAUGUCGAACCAGUCGUAUAUACAUUGGUGGUGGAAACAAUGAUAACACGGCAACUUUUUUAGCGCGUCCGUCUUGAUGACAUCUUUACAAAUCGAGCACGAAUCGCUUCCUCUGCGAACAUUACAUUACUCGUAUUAUUGGCGCCGCAAUUACAAAAAAGGUAAAUAUGCGAAAUCGAUAGCUACGACUACGUAGUAUCGUAGGCUAUAUAAAAGUUUGACAUUACGUGAAUUCCGACGAAUUGUCCCGCUCCUUUUUCCUGAAAGCACGAAUUAUACCAUACAUUAUACAUAUUACUUAUCUAGAGACGCGAUAUAAACAGAGUACCUACAAAAAAUGUUACAAGUUCGCAAACAGUCGUGUUUUAAUAAUGGCUGAACUUGGGGUACUCGCAGUAGUACCCAAACUAACUACCAAUCACGAAAACAGCAUGGAACUGGCGAAUGUGAAUGUGAACGUGAACGUGAAAUGAAAUCACUUACUUUCUUCUCGUUGGUUUUGUAACUGUCGACGAAUUCCGCGGCGAAUGAGCUUCGUUGCCCCGCUCGUACGAAUAUCGUUCGCCGUCACCGUGAUGAUGAUUAUGAUGCGGUUGAUCGUAGAACAAAGAGUAAGCGAUCGUGCCGACAGCAACGACAACCAUAACGCCCAAACCCAAUAAUCCGAGGCCCGCCGCUACGUUCGGCAUUCUCCCAUCAAAUUAACACACUCGAAUGAUAUGUUUCCUUUCCGUACUGCGCACUACGAUCCAAAUUCACCGUCGUUUACCGCAGAUAAAUGCAAAUCAGCACUCGACCCGUCGCUAUUUCUUCAUCAUUAAUAACGCGUUGAUACGUUGAAACGUUGUAUGUACCGCUUCGGAUGCGGAUGUAGAUGUGUACUCGGGUUCGCCGUCAAAACUACACCAAUUAUCAGAAAGAAAAAUACAACAGUGUUAUAUACCUCUAAUCUAAGAACUCUUUGCAACUCGCAACUGUAGUCCCUUACUUGCUUCUAGAUUUAAAAAAUUAACAAUCGAAAUACCGAUCGAUCAAUCGGCCCAAUUUCAAAUAGGUAUUGAAUCUACAAGAAAGAAAUUGAAAUUUGAAAAUAAUUGCAACAAUUAAAAUAAUAAUUUCCGAAAAGAGGUAAAAUAUAUGUGAAAA